AUGUCCAUUGUGACUCACGUUGGACAGCAGACAGACCACCAGUUCCCCAAUGUUGGCGUCGAGCACGCUGGGGUGAAUGCGUCCGGGCAUGUACAUUCAAACAUAUAUUGGCUUCCCGAGAAGAAGGGCUUCCCAAGCCUGGUCCUUCGAGAUGUCCCGUUCGAGCCUCCCAAAUUCGGACAGGUCCUCGUCAGGAUCAAAGCCGUCUCGCUGAACUGGCGGGACUGCAUUCUAGCCCUGGGGACGUACCCCUUCCCCGGGCCAGACGCCGUCGUCCCGGGCAGUGAUGGCGCCGGGAUAGUCGAGGCCGGCGACCGCGUGCUCGCGAGCUUCACGCAGGACCACGUCGCCGGCCGCCUGACGUACGCGACCUCGCUCACCCAGCUGGGCGGCGAGGCCCAGGGCCUGAUGGGCGAGUUCUUCAACUUCCCGCGCACGGGCAUCGCGCGCAUCCCGGACUACCUCACCUUCGAGGAGGCGUCCCUGUACCUCAAAGGCAUUAUCAGACUGCAGUGCGCGGCGCUGACGGCCUGGAACGCCCUGUACGGCCUCGCGCCGCUCCGCCCGGGCCAGACGGUCGUCCUGCAGGGCACGGGCGGCGUGUCGACGUUCGGGCUGCAGAUCGCGGCGGCGGCGGGCGCGAGGGCCAGCGUCACGUCCUCGUCGGGCGCGAAGCUCGAGGCCGCGGCGGCGAUGGGCGCCUCGCACGGGAUCAACUACGCGAGGACGCCCGACUGGGCCGCCGAGGUGAAGAAGCUCACCGGCGGGGUGGGAGCUGACCAUAUCAUUGAAGUCGGCGGCACGCUGACGCUGCAGGCGUCGUUCGACGCUAUCGGGUUCAACGGGGUGAUCCACGCCAUCGGGCACAUCACGAACCCGGACCCGCUCGGGGCGGGGAAGGGCCUUAAGGGGCCGGACGCCGCGUUCCUGGCGCUGGAUCGGCAUGCGGUCCUCCGCGGCGUGGUGGUCGGGCCCUGGGAGCAGCUGCAGGACAUGCUGGCGUGUUUCGAGGCGAAUGAUAUCCACCCGGCCAUCAACAGGGCUUUCGAGUUCGAGCAGCUGGUGGAGGCGCCCGAGUACCUUUGGUCCGCCACGCAUACUGGCAAGGUGGUCAUCCGGAUACCUUGA